AUGGUUAGUGGGGCUUUGCAGAUCGCGGGGCUGCUCGUCGGUGGCAUUGGCAUGAUCGGGACAUUCGCAGUCACAGGUAUGCCCCAGUGGAGGGUGUCUGCCUUCAUCGAGCACAACAUCAUCGUGUUUGAGACCAUCUGGGAAGGCCUGUGGAUGCACUGCAUCAGGCAAGCCAACAUCAGGAUGCAGUGCAAGGUCUACGACUCCGUGCUGGCCCUCUCUCCAGACCUGCAGGCAUCCAGAGGACUGAUGUGUGCCGGGUCAGCGCUCUCCUUCCUGGCAUUCCUGGUUGCUGUUGUUGGGAUGAAGUGCACGCGGUGCAGGCAGAGCAGCUGGCCGGCCAAGGGCUAUAUUCUCUUGACGGCUGGGCUCCUCUUCAUCCUCUCGGGUGCCGUCACGCUCAUUCCAGUCUGCUGGGUUGCCAACACCAUCAUCAGGGACUUCUACAACCCCGCAGUCAAUGUUGCACAGAAAAGGGAGCUUGGUGAGGCUCUCUACCUGGGCUGGGUGGCUGCCUUCUGCCUCUUGACAGCCGGAGCCAUAUUCUGCUGCUUUUGCUGCUGCUGUGAGAAAUCCAGGAGCUACGGCUACUCCGCACCUCCCCACCACCUGCUGCACAGCCAGCAUCUGCACAGGACCACCGAAAGCUCAUACUCCAGGAGUCAGUACGUCUAG